AUGAAAAAAGGAAAUGAAGGGAAAAUUGAACAAAAAGGGGAAUUUACAUUAAAAUUUGAAAAAAUUGGAGAUCCUCCAGAGGGUGAAGAAAUGUUGUUCGAAAAAGAAAAAUUGUAUUUGUUCAACCCUGAGAACAAGAUAAAAACGAAGAAAGAAGUUGAGAAAGAUACACAAAAAUACGACAACCCAGGAUUGAAGGGAUAUCAAAUUGCUCUCAUCGUAAUCGCAGUUGUUGUUGUCAUCGUGAUUAUUGUCGUUGUUGUCAUUCUAUUAUUGAAGAAAGGCAAAGAAUCUCCUAAGUCAAACUCAGGAUCAGGCUCUGGCGAAAAUGCAUAA